AUAAUCAUAAUUAUCAAUAAUCAAGAAACUAUUUAAGGGGUUUUAGCCGUUUUGGUGGGGUUUUAGGGUUUCUGUCUCCACUUUGAACUUGGACUUGUUUUCUAUAUGAUUUUGCUUCUCAGUUAAGGUUUUAGCAUUGGCGGCUAGGGCUUCAAAUAUUUAGAGGAGAAGAGUAGAGUUGGAUUUAGUUUAAAGAAUUGAUGUUAGAAAAAGGGAAUAUGACUUUCUCUGAUCAGCCUCAACCGCCUGUUCCCUCGCACUUUAUGCAAAUGCCAUUUGUUGGUGGUGAUGCUGGGGACGUUUGGCCUCAUUCUUCGAUGAAUCAUGAGCUAUUUGAGUCCUAUUCUCAGUUUGAGCAUGCUCCUCCAUUCAAGAGAAUGAGGGAGUUUGAUAGCAACUCACCGAAUGCUGCAGCUUUUUCUGCUAUGAAUUCUAGAGUGAAUCCACCAAAUCUUCCGGGAAGCAAAGGGACGAGCCAUAUAUUUUACAAAACCCGUAUGUGUGCUAAGUUCUUGGAAGGAACUUGUAGGAAUGGGGAACAUUGUACAUUUGCUCAUGGUGUUGAAGAUCUGCGGGAGCCUCCUCCGAAUUGGCAGGACUUGGUACGUGAAAAGGAUAGAGGAGCAGAGAACUGGAAUGAUGAUCAGAAAAUAAUACAUAGGAUGAAAAUUUGCAAGAAGUUUUAUAACGGAGAGGAGUGUCCUUAUGGAGAUAAGUGUAAUUUUCUUCAUGAACGUCCUCCAAAAUUUAAGACCGACAUGCCAAGGCACAGAGAGAGUUCUGCAAUAAGUAUCGGAACUACUGGAAACAGAUGUGAUCCCGAGCUGAUUGAGAUUAGCAAGCAUGGAAAUGCUGAUUCAGAUGCUGCCCGUAUUAAACCUGUAUUCUGGAAGACGAAGAUAUGCAGCAAGUGGGAGACAACAGGUCAAUGCCCCUUCCGUGAUCGUUGCCACUUUGCUCAUGGCCAAUCAGAGUUGCAAAUGCCUACUGGCCGAGUUGAGAUGGAUAUGUCAACGAAUUCUGGCCCCAUUACUCCAAGACCCUUCUCCAUUCAGCCUGUUGACUCAUCCUCUGCUAACACACUGGUUAAUGUUUCUAUGCAAGAAGAAAGAGAGGAAAAGAAGAUCCAUAAAUGGAAACUAUCAAAGAAGAUCAGUCGAAUAUAUGGAGAUUGGAUCGAUGAUCUAGUCCCACCCCACCUCCAUCCUGAUAACGCCGACAACUGA